ACUUAGGAUAUGAUGGAUUUGAUCUUGUCAGACCAGCGAUAGACUGCAACUAUCGUGGUGACUUCGUAGUUGAAAAUGAGCACGCGCGUUCAAAAGGGUGGUACUGUCUUCCGGCCCGUUACAAAGGCCCGAGCGCGCACGGCAGAUACCUCCUCGGAUAGGCAAACUUCACUGUCUCAGGAUACUCGCUUGUCACAGGCUACUCCGCUACCUGAUGAAGCUCCUGACAGUGCACCCCCACCCGCUCUUUCCCCGAUGCCGCCCACGGUAGUCCCCGUUAGACUCUCAUUUACCCCAUCUUCAGAUGUAUCGAAUGUUCAAACCGUUCCUUCCGGUACUCCGAUCAUUGUUGCACCGUCUAGAGCACCAUCGCGAGUGCAACUGACUGAGUUACAACCACCACCUGUGUCAGAAGGCGAUGUAGUCACCAGUUCAGUCGAGGACGAGACUUCAUCUCAGAAAACCACACGGCGACCAAGAUCAAGGUCUGGAUCAACCACGUCUAGAAAACCUCGGAAAACACGGCGGCCCACAACUCCUGCUUUUGAUGCCGAAGCUGACACGGGAGAAGACCUAGAUCCGACCUCAGUUACAAUGGCAGCCUUAUGCGAAGACACGGGCCAAGGUCGCGUCAGUAGCAAAGCUGCCCAAAUUGUUCAAAAUCAUCAAGUAUGGAAAAAGUCCAAUCGCGAAAAAAGGACGAGAAUGCGGGUGAUCAUGGAGGCGAAGAAGUACGGUCGUGGUGAGGACGCUGAGACGGCUCAAGAAAAUGGUGCUAGGGAGGUUCGCUCCGAAGAAGGUUCUACAAGAAACACGACCCCGGGAAUGUGCACAGACGCUACUUCAGUUCCCACAGCUGAAGAUACCUCUGGGAGCGGUUUCGAUUACUCGCAGAAUGUUUCUACAAGCCAGUAUAAUGUCCAAGUUCGCAUUGGGCCCAAUGGGGAAACGAUCGUAGACGAGGAGUCCUUAUUCGUGGACCGUAAUGCAGAAGAGGAAACAGCAAAUUACACCCUUGUAGAAGAAUCUGACGUCUCUAAGUUUGUCAACUCGGGGACCUAUGGCAAACGCUUCCGAGGUUCGCGAUGGAGUGCAGAAGAAACGGAGCUGUUUUACGAUGCGUUAUCGCAAUUCGGGGAAAACUACGAACUCAUUUCCUACGUGCUUCCUGGUCGAGAUCGUAAAGCAUGCAAAAACAAAUUCAAGGCAGAGGACAAGAGGAAUCCAAACAGGAUUGACUUUUGCCUCAAAAAUCGCCGGCCCUAUGAUAUGCAAACACUUUCUCGCAUGACAGGAAAAGACUUUAAUGGACCCACACCUGAGAUUCGUGCCCCCAUAACAUUGUCCCUGGCAGAUCAACCGAAAGGUGCCGAGCAAGAGGACCAACAGGGCGAGGAAGACAUCACCAAGACAUUGCCUGCUGCCCAGGGGAGCGGCGAAGAAGUACUUGGAGAUGUAACAAUGUUUGCAGCAUGAGAUCUGUAGAUAUCAUGGUGUUAGAUGCCAUCCACAGGAAGACGAACAUAUUGUGAAGCCGGGAUAGCUCAGCUGGGAGAGCAACAGACUGAAGUUGGUCGAUUUCUGGAGGUCCCGUGUUCAAUCCACGGUCCUGGCACUUAUUUUACAAAAUUUUUGUCUCGGAGGACAUGGCAAGGGAGAUUUCCCAUCUAACUUUGGGAACGUUCAUCGAUCCAUCAGUGAACGUGCAAGUAUUUCUGUGUGGCCAGGCUGAACUGGGUCGACGAUGACCUAGGUUUGGUUAUCCCCUGGAAAAAUCCUGGCCAUAAAGCGGCGCC